AUGGAUCAACUCAAAGGUGCCCUCAACAGCUUCACUGGCGGCAACAACGAGCAACAACAAAAACAGAGCGGCGGCCAGCAAGGCGCUUCCGGCAGCGGUAGUGGCAGCUUCCUUGGGGGAUUGGGCGACAAGAUCAAUGCGGCCGCCGGUGGAGGACGGGAGAGUGAGAAGAAUGAGGAUUAUCUUGACAAGGGAGUCGACUUCGUCCAAGAGAAGUUCCUCGGCCAAGGCCCUCAAGACAACGAGUCCGCUGUUGAACAAGCCAAAGACGAGCAGAUCAGCGACUUCAUUCGGAACCAGUACAAGUCUGCCACUGGCAAGGACCUCCCCGUCAAGGACAAAGAGAACAAGUUUUGA